AUGGAUUUAGAAGCCAGAUUGUCAGAGGCAGAGAAAGAGGCCAAUACGGGGUCUGUAGUGAGCAAAAACCGCUCUCCAGAAGACUGGAUGCCUAGACCUCCAGAAAGGUUAGAGCAGACAUUAUUUGAUUUGGUUUGACGGCGUAAGUGUGUUGUAAUUCCUACAUGAAUGUAGCAAAAAGUCAAGGACCUUUUGGGUUUUGUUGUGAAUACUUUCUUUGUCAUCUGUACACUCUUUGUCACAUGUUUACAUUCUUCCACUUGUAGUCUCUCUCUUAUUUAAAAAAAAGGUUUAAAAUGUCUGACAAUUCUUUAAUGUGACUUUUUUUCUGUGACAGAUAUGCUCUGACUGGCCACAGAAGCCCAGUUACCAAAGUUUUAUUCCACCCAGUGUAUAGGUAAAACUUUUAGUAUAUACUGCAGUAAAACUGUAAAUUGAGUUAAUUUAGUUUUUUGGUCUUUUGUCAGAAGAGAAGAAAACUAAGCCAAGUUUACUUUUGCAAAGACUUCUGAGACUGUUACUAGAGACAGGGGAAAAAAUUGGCUAAUAGCUGGCCAGUACGUCUCCAGUAAUAAUCCCAGAGAUACUUGCAGGAUGCAUUUUGACUCUAGUUCCCUUUGUCAUUUCUUAACCCUUUAAGUCCAAAUAGUGACCAACAUUAAUUUUCUCCUAACAAUAUCCAUACAUUUUCAAGAGAUGAAGUUAUGAGAAUUAAUAAAAUGAUCACCAUAGAGAAAAUUGCAAGAUCUUUUAUCAAAUUCUCUCAACUAAUUCCUAAAGGAGAUGUAUGGAGAUCAGUUUGGAGAAUGUGUAUGUGGAUAUUGGGGCUUAAAGGGUUAAGUGAAAAAUGCAUUGGUGGGGCUGACAAAUUUUUAUCUUUCCAUGACCCUGAUUGAAAGAGGUAUCCCCAAAAGAUUCAGAUGUCCACAGGUUUAGAAUUAAGAACAAUUUUCUGUUGUUGGUUCUGAGGGUUAAGUAUUGUUUAGAUAGGGAUAUGUACUUAGUAGCUGUUGCUUUGGAGAAUUCGAUCUACAGUCUGUACAACCUUUUUGUUUAUAUUUAGUGAAGAGAGAUGUCGUUGACAUCUAUAUUUUUUCCUUUAUUUUUCCCUGUGAAGUGUCAUGGUAACAGCAUCAGAAGAUGCUACAGUUAAAGUUUGGGACUAUGAAACUGGAGACUUCGAACGGACCCUGAAGGGUCACACAGAUGCUGUACAGGAUCUAUCAUUUGAUCAUACCGGAAAAAUAUUAGGUAAAAACGAUUCUACAAUGAGCUAGUGAUUCUGACUUCUAUUGCUAUCACAAACAAUAUUGGCUGGAGACUAAUGUUGUUAGAUACAGUCAAAACUGCAUGCGUGAGCUUCUCUCAAGGGACCACCUCCUAUGAGCCACAGAACCAAGAUACUGAACAGUGUUUCCAGUUAAUGUGCUACAGCUGAAACCUCUUGUAAGCCAUGGUACAUGUGGAGCAAAUUUUUUGUUUAGGAAUCAAUUCAAAGUGGACAGACUGCAAAUUAUAGUAGUUGCUAAAAAUGUAUAUAUCUACGUGUUGCAACUGUUCAUCAGUAGGAUGCCUAAAAUGCGUGCAAUUCCACAAUUGGUUUUGGCUCCAUUAAAUCCUAUACCAAUGUGAUGGCAAGGCUUGAACCCAAACCAAUAGAUCCAAUGUUCAAGAUCUUGUGAACAAAACCAAAAAUAAUUGUUUUAAAAUUUAAGAGGAUGUUGGCGAUGUUUUCGAUAGGAAGAGUUUGUCAAAAUAGGAUGUCACUUUGUUAAAGGAAAACUAACAGCAUCCCUUGAUAAAGUGCCAACCUUUUCUAAUAUUAGUUAUACCCUCUUGUCCUGCGUGUGACUAAAAUUGUAAAUUAAUAUUCAUAGUUGCUUGGACAGUAUGGUAGUUGACUGAUACUUAUCAUAUUUAUUGUUAUUUUAGCGUCAUGUUCUGCUGACAUGUCCAUUAAAUUAUGGGAUUUCCACGAAUUUGAGUGCGUCAAAACUUUAACUGGUGGGUGUGUUUUUUUGCUGUGCGUGAUUUGUUAAUUUUGUGUACUAAAGUUUGAACAAGUCUUUAAAAAACUGUCUGCCUGAAAUUUUGUUGAGUUUGUUCUCUUCUGAAAUGGUAUUGAUGAAGAUCUUUCUUUUUUAACAAAAAACAGGACAUGACCAUAAUGUCUCGUCAGUGACAUUUCUGCCAUCAGGAGAUUAUUUAGUGUCAUCAUCUAGAGAUAAAACUAUAAAAAUGUGGGAAGUUGCUUCUGGGUAAGUGUCACUAAGGGCUGACUUUGUUUGUUAUUGUCAUUGAGAAAAUGGAAAUACCAAAGAUAAUAAGUGAUGAAUAUAGUUAUUUAUCUGUCACUUGCCGGCACACUUUCCUUGUGGAUAAUGUAAAUGUUAAAAUAUUCAAAUAAUUAUUAAUUUGUGAGUCUUCAUUAGUAAUUUGUAACUUGCCACUUCAUUACCCUUGUUCCCCUCACUAAUGGGUGAACUCAUGGUGUAAUCUGAUUUUAUAGUUUUUGUGUGAAGACUUUCCAAGGUCAUAGAGAGUGGGUCAGAAGAGUACGUGUUAGCAAUGAUGGUAAGUUCUGCACGUUUGAUCAUUUUCAAGGUUUGGAGAUUAUAGAAUUCUCCUUGCCCUCCUUUUUUCAUCCAGUUGACUGUUUUAUGAAGACAUAAUAGUAAGCUUAAGCAACGAGAAGGCUGACAUCCUGGACGUCAUGAAUAGCGACUGGAAGAUCUAUGUCUCACUUGAUGGAACACUUUUGUCUCACACAACUCUGAAUGCCCUUGUUUUAACUCCUGCUGUAUGAAUUUGUUGAGGUAGCACUGAAAGAGAGAAAAUAUCAACUUCUGGUUGCCAUUUUUGACAUUCUUGUUGCUUAAGGUCCCUAAUAGUUCACAACAUUGUUUAGGUUUUAUGUCAGAGGUAGUUAGAAAUUACUGAUGGUCAUAUCAACACCAAGCAAUCACUUAAGAGUGUCUUUUUUCUGCUCACCAUGACGCUCUCUAAUUGGGGACACUAUACUAACAUUAUGCUACCUAAAGUUUAUUACUUAAACUUACUUACAAUUAAUAUUAAAUUACUUAAAUAUUAAUAUACAGCAUACUCUUGAAGUGAUGAACAGGCAUUCUUAAAUUGUUGCAACUUUAAAAUUAAUGGGUUUUUAAUAUUGCUUCCGUUUCACAAUCAGGUUCUUUGUUAGCAAGUUGCUCAAAUGACCAGGUAAAAAAACCUACUUCUACAUUCCUGUCCUCUUUAUAAUAUUUUAAAGUAUAGUUUAACAGAAAUUUUAAGGUGCAUACUGUAUGUAUUUAUUGUGUGACAUAAUGUCAGAGGAUACUUAAGUCUUUACCCUGUGGAAAUGUAAAUAACAUAUACAUUUUGUUCUCUUUUAGUAACAUACACUGUACUUAAGACCUAGAUUUGGUCUCUGCUACGUUUCAGUCAUUUUCCUUGACUGACCAGUAUACAGUAUACAGUAUACACUUCACUAGGACAAGCAGUUAUAGUGUAUAAGUGUUGUUUCCAACUGCAGCUUCUUAAAACCGAUUUACGUGGCACAACUUUCUUGCAUGCAAUGUGCUUACAAGAAUCUAAUGACGACUCGUAUUGCGUACAUCUCACUUACAACUUACUUGCAGCUAUCCAAAGUUUGAUUUACAAGCUAUGAUUUGGGUUGAAGGUCUAUUGUAAGCACAUCACAUGUGACAAAGUUGUACCAUGUUAAUCAGCCUCUAGGAAGAGUUGCCUGUAAUGUUGUCUUUUCUGUCUGUGGAUGAAUUCUUAGCAUGACCACUCAGUCAUUUUCUUUGACGUCUGACUAGUAAACAGUAUACAGUAUACACUUCACUAGGGCAAGCAGUUACAAUGUAUAAGUGUUAUUUCCAACUGCAGUCUUCUUAAGACCGAUUUACAUGGCACAACUUUCUCACAUUCAAUGUGUUACAAUAAUGCUACGACAUGAGUUGUAUUGUGUACAUCUCACUUACAACUUACUUGCAGCUAUUCAAAGUUUGAUUUACAGGCUAUGAUUUGGGUUGAAGGUUUUUUUUAAAACACAUCGCAUGUAACAAAGUUGUACCGUGUAAAUCAACCUCUUGGAAGAGCUGCCUGUAAUGUUGACUUUUGUGUCUGUGGAUGAAAUCCAUUGCAUGACCUCUUAAAUGAACUAACAUGUAGUUUGUUUAUUUGUGUUGCUUUGUAACUCAAUGGAGUGUGGAAUCUUAAAAGUUUUGCUGUCCAUAAUAGGGAUUGAAAAAAUUGAAACUGUAGAAUUGUAUGCUAACGAUUGAUUGCAUAUUUGUACAUGUAUUUACUCCCAUGGUAGUUGGCAAAACAGCGUGGAAAUUUAUGUCAGAUUGCAAAUUUCUUUGCAGACAAUCCGUGUGUGGGUGGUAGCAACAAAAGAAUGUAAAUGUGACUUGAGAGAUCAUGAACAUGUAGUAGAGGAUGUGUCAUGGGCCCCAGAAGCUGCAAACCCUUAUGUGAUUGAAGCGGCAGGAAUUGAGGUAAUUCUCUACUUCGGGUUUUCAGGGGGCAUGAAGUUUUAGAUUAGAGUUGACUCUCUGUUAACAGACACCCCCAUAAGACGAAUGCUGCUGUAAAACUGAUGCCUAGAGUUGGUCCCUGCUUUCUUUACUCCCCUUAUUUGACUCUUAUGAGGUGGACAUCACUCAUAGACGGAUGCUUAGUGCAGAUCCCAAAGGUGUUUUUCUCAGAGAGAGUUGACUGUAUUAAUAUCUGAUCUCAAUAUAUAGAGGAUAUACAUGGCCACGCGGAUACGAAAUUUCUCUUCGAGUGUUGAAAAAUAUUGCGAACGAGUGAAAUAUUUUCAACACUCGAAGAGAAGUUUCGUAUCUCCAAGCGGCCAUGUAAUGUUUUAUUUAUUAUGUAAACACCAAUGAAAUACCAAACCAUUUCACUGAAACACUUUUUUUCCUGCGAAAGGCGCGAUUUAUUAUGUAGCCAUAACAACAGUGAUAUUUUCACUUGUGAAGAUAUAAUGUUUUUGCGGGAAAGCUCACCUGGUAUUUCAUCGGUGUUUAUAUAGUAAAAGUUGUUAUUCUCCUUGAAAAGAAUAUUAAUGGCCAAUUUUAGUUGGUAUAUUGAUGAUGACCUUUACCUUUCUUGAUAAACUUUGCAUUGUGAUCUUAAACAUGUCACUCUCCCAAAACUGUUAACUCUGCUCCUUUGUUGUGUCAGAUACACGUUCUGAAAUUUCCAUUAUUUUAGUUCAGUACAGAAUAUAUUUAGUUAAAGUGGUGUCUGGAAUCAAGCCUAAAGUGACCUCUGAUAAAGUGUUAGAUUGUCAUUCUCAUUUCCUUUAUGUAUGGUUGUAAAUCACAGGGAGAAUUAUUUUGAUGUUAGAAUGGGAGUUACAUAGGGCCUUCCCAGAUCUUUCAUUUAUCAAUUAGUUCAUUUGUCAGGAAUCUUCCGAUUGCUUCUAACACAAGAGAUUUUCCCGAUAAUAUUCACGUUAAAGCGACCAACAGACUCGAAUCACUUCACAAUUUAAUGUUCAUGCUAUGAGGAAUGAAUACAAUCGCCAGAUCUCCUUGAUUCGCAGAUGGUUUUGAAAUCCUAAACCUUACAUCACGUCAUUACAGCUUAUCACUAAGCAACUAGAUCAAAGGAAUAAAGUUCACUUUCACAGCGUGACGGUCACGCAGUCCAUUUUUCCAACACAUUAUUUGGGUAAAUCAUGAAUAUUAGAGAUAUUACAGGUUCUCAGUAUUAUAUUUUAAAAUGAUAUUUUAUUUGCUUGCCAUUUUUGAACAGGGUCCAAAAAGAGGAGGAAAUCCUGGACCAUUUUUAGUAUCAGCUUCUCGUGAUAAAUCAAUCAGAAUGUGGGAUGUGAGUACUGGAGUGUGUCUUAUGACCUUGGUAAGUGGUGAUACAAAGUUCAUUGUAAGCAAGUGUAUUAAAUUUAUGGGGAGAUAAUAAUAAUUAAAACUAAAAUUUAAUGAUAAAAGAACUGAGCGGAGUUCAAUUUGGUAUUAAAUCAUCAGGGCUGUCAUUAAGAGGUGGUGGAUGGGGAUUUCCCCCGGCUACUAUGAAUGUGGCCCCCGGCUAAUAGAAGAAAAAUAGAACCAAAAGAAAUUCCUAGCUGUCUUAUUCCCGCCAUAACUAUAACAACAUUAAUUUUGUGAUAACUUCAAAUUAAAACACAAGAUUUUUAAAAAGUUUUUGCUAGAAGUAAAAAAAAAUAAAUCAUAAAAGUGUGUGUGCUCAACGACACGCGCUGUCCUAUAACAGUGUCUUAGCAAUGCCGUAAUUAGGGCUGCCGAUAGCCAAUUAUAUAAGGGAAUUUUGUUAUGGUUAUGAUGAUGAUAAUCAUCAUCAUCAUCAUCAUCAUCAUCAUGAGGCCUUGAGACUGAUCCACUACCUUUGAUGGGUGCCUGCAGUUGGGGCUUAUUGCUAACCAGUUGGCCAUGAUGCAGUCUUCUAAGGCUUACUGGCCACCAUGAAGAAUGCCCCAUUGAUACUACAUUUACAUUGAAAGUGUAAAAAUAUAAUUUUCUUCAUGAUGAGAUUAUUCUAGUAUAUAUUAACCAAGAGUUACUCCUUACAUCUUUCUUCUUAUCCUGUGUUCCCUCUUCUUUUCUAACAGGUGGGGCAUGAUAAUUGGGUGCGUGGGGUGAUGUUUCAUCCAAGAGGCAAAUAUCUAGUUAGCUGUUCUGAUGACAAAACUCUUAGAAUAUGGGAUUACAAAAAUAAACGAUGUGCUAAAACUCUUACCGCUCAUGAACACUUUGCAACCACCUUAGGUAAGUUCCUUGCUACUUUUAAAACCAUGUUUAUCUCCAUCCAUUUGGGCUACAUAUGCUUUUAGUGGACCUUUACCUAUCCUACACCAAUGCAAAGUUCUAGCAAAGGCAUUUUUGAGUGAUGCAUGUCAACUUUUAGUGCAAUUUUUGGUGCAAAUUUCUGGGCAAAUCCUCUGGUCAAUAAUAAUUCCAAAAUAAAGGCAUUCAGCCUCAUAAAUUUGGUUGGGUUGAUUCGUAAUAAAAGGGAAAAGGUCUCACUUGUGGUUGACAUGCAUUCUCAAAAAUGCAGGGGUUUCAAUAAAAAUUGAAGUAGUCAGCAGGUUUGAAUCGAGUAACCAACUGUAUGAACAAGGGGCUGUUGUUCCUCUUCUUUGAGGGGGAGACUGGGCGAGUUCUGCUCCAGAAAAUUUGACAUUUCAAAGCCCUGAAAUGUGAUUUUCAGCUUUCUGGGGACUAAAUUUGUGGGCAAAAGAGCGUGUUUUUCAUUCAAGAAAAUGCAGCUUUCAAUUUAUCAGUCACACAAUCAAUUCCUACAAGCAAUGAACAAAUGAUGAAAACUAAAUUAUGUACUUUUGCAUUUAAACAAAUUGUGCGUAAACCUAUAAAUAAACUUGUGAAAAAAUGACUGAAAUAUGGCGUUCACAUGACUAAAGCAUAACGUAACCCAGGGGGCCUUUAUGAAAACGCACCGUAAUUAAAUUUUCAUUCAGAUUUUAUGAUAUAUUUUUCGUUUACAAUGUUAUUCAAACCAGUUGCUUCUUCUUUCUAGAAAAAAAUAGCCGACCUCUAUGAGCAAACUAGCCGAGGCGUUUCGUCGCCGUCGGUGCUUAUUGAAACCCCUGAAAAUGUCUUUGCUUAUUGAGGCUCCCUAUUGUUUCUUGAAAGAUUUCCAGUCAUACAGAUUUUGUUCCACUUUGAGUUGUCUUUUUGGAAAUCAUGGACAAAAAAAUGUAAUGCUUAAGAUAGCUGCUUGACCCUUCACCCCUUGCAAAUGUCUAAGGAACAAUAAGAAGUUUUUGUAUCUUUGCUUUGUGUUUAAAGAAUUCCAGGUUCUGUCACGACUGUUCAAUCUCUCUUUUUGCUGUUUGUCUUCAUUGCAGAUUUCCACAAAUCAGCACCUUUUGUCUUAACUGGAAGUGUUGACAUGACAAUUAAAGUGUGGGAAUGUCGUUGA